AUGGGAUAUAAGAUAUAUUCUAACUCUGACUUAGUUCAAACAGUAACAUGGGCAAACUAUGAAUGGUUCGCUUUGAGAAACUCAGUACAACCACAAGCUAGAGAACAAACAGACCAGUAUGCAAAUAUUGAGAAAAUAAGAAGACUUGACCCUAACGUUCCAGGAGUUUAUGUUAACCUUUCUGGUUCAGAUGGAACUGCUGCCACUAAAGUAAAACUGAAACUUAGAGUUCCUUUGUCAUCUUUCCUCAUCUUCAGGUUUUUAAGAUACUUGCCAAACUGGGCAGGAAAAAUUUCUAUCGAACUUACUCCAAGCAAAAAUAACUUAGUCAUUGCACCAACACAAGACCCAUUCACUCUUACAGACGUAAAGGGAACAAAUCAAACAUCAUUCGCCGAAUUUUGCAAAGACAAAGUUGACUUAGACUUUGGUUUCUCAAACUUCAACAAUGAAGUAAACUAUUAUUUCAAUGCUGCUGGAACUGCUUGGGACCCAGUUAAGUUUACAUGCGAAAAGUUUGAAUGCAAGAGAAUAGAAAGCAGACUUGCAGUCUAUAUGUUGGACCCAGAUAUUUCAAAUGCUUUAGCUGCCAAAUAUAUUGCAGUUCCACUUAUGUUCCCUAUACACCAAAUAUCUGUCAAAGACUUUGCAGGUGAAGUUGGAAACCAAAGUGCUGACCCAGGUGCAAGAACAGAUAUUGCUUUAACAACUGCAAUGAAACAUGCAGAUACUAU